AUGGAAGACAUAAAUCUGAGGACAAAGCCAACUAAUAUGGUAGAUAUAUUGGACCCACUUUCCCCGAGUGUGAAUGAUUCUGGCAGUUCAGGGCUUAUGCAUAAACUGAGGAUGAGAUUUGGUAGAUCUUCACCACCGAGACCACCAGGAGAUGGAUAUGUGGAAUUUGGGGAGUUCAGAUCCGAGCGACCUGGUAUCAAAAAGGUUGGCACGUUUGCAGGAGUGUUCUGCCCCGUGGUGCUAUCUAUGUUUAGUGCUCUAGUUUUUAUACGAAUGGGAUAUUUAGUAGGCAACGCCGGGCUUUUAGUGACGCUAGCACAAUUCGGAAUGGCAUAUUUAAUAGUUGGUUUUACUGUGAUGUCAAUCUGUGCGAUUUCAACGAAUGGAGCCGUUGAAGGGGGCGGAGUUUAUUUCAUGAUAAGCAGAACUUUAGGUCCAGAAUUCGGUGGUGCUAUAGGAACGUUAUUCUUUCUCGCCAAUGUCGUUUCUAGUGCGCUCUGUAUUUCUGCCUGCACUGAAGCCUUAGUUGAAAACUUUGGGCCUAAUGGCUACCUAGUUGGGGAAUCUCCGGGCCUACCAAACGGCUACUGGUACAGGUUCCUGUAUCGUUCAGCGCUGAACGCGGCGGGGCUGGGCGUGUCUCUCGCUGGUGCGUCCCUCUUCGCUCGCACCAGCCUCGCUAUAUGGCUUACCACCGUGGUCUGUCUGUGUAGCUCAUUCCUCAGCUUCUUUGUUACUGCUCCUGGACAGAUAGAAAAACCAGAUACAAACCUAAUAGUGAAUGCAACAAACUUCACCUACACGGGUCUGAGCGCGGCGACACUACGGGAGAACUUAUAUCCGCACUAUGCGAGAGACUACAGCACAUCGGACGGUGAAAUGGUGGACUUUGCAUCGGUCUUUGGGGUCCUCUUUACGGGGGUCACGGGGGUCAUGGCUGGGGCUAACAUGAGUGGUGAACUUAAGAAUCCAUCUCGCAGCAUCCCGCGGGGAACACUGACGGCUCUCCUCUUCACGGCGCUAUCGUACGCGGCGCUAUCUCUGCUGACAGCAGCCACCUGUUCUAAGGACUUGUUGCAGAACAACUACGUGUAUUUACUGCCUAUUAAUGUGUGGCCGCCAUUUGUUGCUGUAGGAAUGUUAACAGCUACUUUCUCUGCUGGUCUCUCCAAUUUGAUUGGAGCGUCCAGAGUUCUGGAAGCGUUGGCUAAAGAUAAUAUAUUUGGUUUCCUCCUCCGUCCCAUGGUAUCGCACUCGGGCAACCCUGUGCUCGCCGUCAUAGCCUCCUGGCUGCUGGUGCAGGUCGGCAUCAUGGCCGACUCCUUGAACACCAUUGCACAGGUGAAUUCGGUGCUCUUUAUGACGAGUUACUUCGCUAUCAAUCUUGCCUGUCUUGGUUUGGAUCUCGCGUCUGCUCCGAACUUUAGGCCGAGUUUCAAGCAGUUCUCGUGGCACACGUCGCUGCUGGGCCUGGGCGGGUGCGCGGCGCUGAUCUUCGCGCUGCGGCCGGCGUACGCGAGCGGCGUGGCGCUGGCCUGCUGCCUGCUGGUGCUGGCGCUGCACCUGCUGUCGCCCGCCGCCGCCGACCCGCGCUGGGGCAGCCUCAGUCAGGCGCUCAUAUUCCAUCAGGUCCGAAAAUAUCUCUUGCUGCUGGACCCUCGGAGGGAACACGUCAAGUUCUGGAGGCCGCAGAUGCUUUUGCUCAUCGGCUCUCCUCGACAGUCUGCUCCGCUUAUUGAUUUCGUUAAUGAUCAGAAGAAAGGUGGUCUGUUCGUGAUCGGACACGUGCGAGUGGGGCAGCUGGACGGCAGCGGGGACCCGCUGGCCGACGAGCACAAGUACUGGCUGCAGCUGAUUGAUCAUCUAAAGGUGAAAGCGUUCGUGGAGCUGUGCCUGGCGGAGUCCGUGCGGGCGGGCGCCGCGCACCUCACGCGGCUGGCCGGCCUCGGCGCCAUGAAGCCCGACACCGUGCUGCUCGGCUUCUGGGACGACGCAGGGCCCAAGGACUUCUUCAGGGACCCGUCGUCGCCGUACAAGACGCAGCAGUUCGAAGCGGAGGGCGCGCCGGCGUUCCCGCUGCGGCCGCGGCGCGCGCGCCUCGCGCCCGCCGAGUACGUGCGCGUCGUGUCCGACGUGCUCUGCGUCAAUAAGAACGUGUGUCUGUGCAGGCACUUUCACAACCUGGAUAUGGCCGCCGUUGAGAGGAGGGCGGCGUCGCUGCGGUACAUCGACGUGUGGCUGGUGGAGGCGCUGGCGCCGUCGCGCGAGCAGGCCUUCACGGUGCGCGCGCUGUUCGCGCUGCAGCUGGCCGCCGUGGUGCGCUCGGCGCGCGGCUGGCAGCACCUGCGCCUGCGCGCGCACGUCGUCGCCGUGCCAGAAGAAGCAGGUCGUACAUUCUCAACGGGAUUGGACCCAGCCUUGGACCCGAACAUUCCAGAACUUUCUCCGGGACUACCAGUCCAUGAGAGAUUGGACCAGUUGCUCAAACUGCUUAGAAUAAGCGCAACUGUUCAUACUGUCACUGAAUGGCCGAAGUUGGAAGAUACGAGCCAAUGGUCGGACUCGACGAGUCUAGAUGAGAACAGCGUGUAUCAGAGAGUGCCUAUGAAUUACUUGCAAAGAGUGAACAGUAUAAUCAAAUCUCGCUGCGAGGAAGGCACGGCGGUCACGUUCGUACAACUCCCGCCGCCGCCGAAACUGCCGCCUACGCCUUCGUCCAAGGACGACGCCAUAUGCGAACAGUAUUUAAAGAUAUUAGACGAAUUCACAAAGGAUCUAUCCCCGACUAUACUCGUCCGAGGACUUAAAUCUGUCACAUCCACGUCUCUA